UUCAAAAAAUUAGUCUUUCAUCAUUUUGAAAAACACUGAUGGCGUGUAUUCCCGCGGGACAGCGGGAAAAUUACAUUUAAAAAUUUUUAGGUUAGAAAAUCUUAAUAUAAUAAUAUCAUAAGUUGCUUCAAUUAUAAUUAGUUGCUUAAAUAAUAAACACAUUCAUUAUUUUACUUGCUAUCAGGAUAAUUUAUUCACUUCGUUUAUGUAUUAAAGUUUAUCCUUAUAACUUCGUUAGAAUCAUAUUAAUAGUUCUCCACAAACUUUGUGAUUUCUCUGUCAAAAGAUACAGACAUUCAGGCUAAAGUGUAGUGCACUGCUAAUCAGUUUUAUAAUUUUUAAACACUUGGUUGAAGGUAAUUAGAAGUGUUUUAUUCAGUAACAACAUAUUUUUCUCUAGUUGAAGAAUGGAUCCCACAGAAAUUGAAUUUAUUGCUGAAGGAGAACUGAUCACUAUCAUUCCAUCGUUCAGCAUAGAAAGUGUCAUUCACUUGAUAUCAGGAGAUUUCGGUCCGUUUCGUGCUGGAUUUCCCCAAACUGUGCCGAUUUGGUUAGCUGUUUAUUUGAAGCAAAGAAGAUCUUGUAAAAUCGUUCAACCAGAUUGGAUGGAUGUUGAACUACUAGAGGCCAAGAAGGAAGAAGAGAAAAAUUCUAGAUACUUCACAGAAAUGCCAAGCAAGCAUUACAUGGAGAUCUCAAACAUUUUGUUGGAUGUUUCGUGUGACGAUAUACAAUAUUCAAAUGAGAUCAAGACUAUCAUCAAGGACAUCUGGGACAUCCGAAUUUCCAAGCUACGCACCUCAGUUGAUGCCUUCAUAAAAAUGGGAGGACGUCAUGCUCAGCUGACUCAUCUGACACAACUAGAAAUCAACUCAAUCAGGCCUCUCUUACCUGACUCAUUCAAUGCGCUCCAGAAGCUCAAUAGUCGUGAUACACUGGAACACGAAGAAGACAGCGCUAUGGCAACAAUGUUGCUGAGUAUGACAAAUCGUCAGGAAACGUCCGCCAGUCAGAGCUUCCAACAGGACUCAGUGGAUAUCACAGCUUCUCUUAGUGGUAGCCAGCAAUCUGGAGUAUAACAAGAAAUACCUGAACCUGCACUGGUUAAAUCUGUACAAAGAUUUUCAAUUUAUACUAAUAUGGAGUCUAUAGUCAGUCUGGAGUCAGAUGUUAUCUGUAAAUCCCCUAAACCUGUGUUCGUUAAAUCUGUAAAAUUAUUCUCAAUCUAUUCUAAUAUGUAGUCUAAAAGUCAGAUGUAAUCUGUAGAUUACACUAAUCUGUGUUUGUUAAAUCUGUAAAAAUUCGACUGAGUCAUUGUCAAUAUUGUAGGACCGUUCCAUAAUUGAAUAAAAACACACAUAAAUGUUGUCAAGUUCUACACAGAUGUUAGAUUGAGGAUAUACCGGGCAAUCAAAAAGUCUCUCCGCAGUACCUGUGUUCUGUUUUAGCUGAAGAUUGUGUUCUGUUUAGAAACCCAUUAGACAAGUUACUCCCACUUCUUUCCCCCUCUACUGUAAUGAAUGUACACGUAAGUUUAGUAGAUUAACACCUUGCUAUUGUUAUAAAUAUUUGUUUUUGAGUUAUGGAGUGUUUUCUCAGUAUAUAGUUCACUGCGGAGUUCUUGAUCACUCUGUAUUUGUUCAGAUUUAACAAACACAGAUUUAGGGAGAUUUAGAGAUUACUUAAGUAACUAGACUCCAGAUUGGCUUUAAACACCAGAUUAGCACAGAUUUAAUGGAGAUUUACAUAUUAUUUCUCACUCUAGACUGACUGUAGACUCCAUAUUAGUAUAGAUUGAGAAUAUUUGUACAGAUUUAACUAAUACAGGUUAAGUGAGAUUAACAGAUUACUUGAGAAACUAGACUCCAGAUUGACUUUAAACACCAGAUUAGCACAGAUUUAAUGGAGAUUUACAUAUUAUUUCUCACUCUAGACUGACUGUAGACUCCAUAUUAGUAUAGAUUGAGAAUAUUUGUACAGAUUUAACAAACACAGGUUUAGGAGAUUUACAGAUACUUCUGACUCUAGACUGACUUUAGACUCCAUAUUAGUAUUCAUUGAGAAUAUUUGUACAGAUUUGAAUAAAAACACACAUAUGUUGUCAAAUUCUACACAGUUUUAUUCGGCACACGACCAUGGUUUCGUGACCACACCGGUUACAUUUUCAAGUUGACUAAAGCUGAAAGGUUAAGGUAAACAUUGAAUAUGAAUUGGUAUUCAUAUUCCAUAAUACCAUUCUAAAGUUGAUAUCAUUGACCGGUGUGGUCACGAAACCAUUUUCGUGUACCGAAUAAAACUGUGUAGAAUAUGACAACAUAUGUGUGUGUUUUUAUUCAAAUCUGUACAAAUAUUCUCAAUGAAUACUAAUAUGGAGUCCAAAGUCAGUCUAGAGUCAGAAGUAUCUACAAAUCUCCUAAACCUGUGUUUGUUAAAUCUGUACAAAUAUUCUCCAUCUAUAUCCUACUAAUAUAGAGUCUAAAGUCAGUCUAGAGUCAGAAGUAUCUGUGAAUCUCCUAAACCUGUGUUUGUUAAAUCUGUACAAAUAUUCUCAAUCUAUACUAAUAUGGAGUCUACAGUCAGUCUAGAGUGAGAAAUAAUAUGUAAAUCUCCAUUAAAUCUGUGCUAAUCUGGUGUUUAAAGCCAAUCUGGAGUCUAGUUUCUCAAGUAAUCUCUAAAUCUCCCUAAACCUGUGUUAGUUAAAUCUGUGCAAAUAUUCUAAAUCUGUACUAAUAUGGAGUCUAAAGUCAGUCUGCAGUCAGAUGUAAUCUGUAAGGGUCUGUUUCCGAGCUCGGGAUUCAGCCAAGUUCUAGACUUUAAACAGCUGGAGUCAGAAAAUCGGCUUUUCGAAACGGGGCGUAGUCGUAGUCAUUGUCAAAGUCACGUUUAAAUUAAAUUUCGAAAAACUAGAGAAUUGAACACAAAAUAAAAUAGAGGGAAAAUAGUUUAAAGGUUCAUCUAUUUUGGGUUAUUUAGGAAUGUUUCAUUUUGUCAAGGAAAAAUGUAUUCAGUUAUAGAAAUUAUAAAAUAAAGAUUUAUUUUGCUGCAGCUAUUUACUGCGACUACGCCCCGUUUUGGAAAGCCAAUUUUCUGACUCCAGCUGUUCAAAGUCUAGAACUUAGCUAAAUCCCGAGCUCGGAAACCGACCCUAAUCUCGCUAAAACUGUGUUUGUUAAAUCUGCACAAAUAUAUUCUCAAUCUAUACUAAUAUGGAGUCUAAAAUCAGUAAAAUCAGUGUUAUCUGUAAAUCUUCUAAACCUGUGUUUGUUAAAUCUGUACAAAUAUUCUCAAUCUAUACUAAUAUGAAGUCUAAAGUCAGUUUGGAGCCAAAAGUUAUCUCAAAAUCUCCCUAAUCCUGUAUUCGUUAAAUCUGAACAAAUAUAUUCUCAAUCUAUACUAAUAUGGAGUCUAAAGUCAGUCUGAAGUCAGAAAUAAUAUGUAAAUCUCCAUUAAAUCUGUGCUAAUCUGGUAUUUAAAGCCAAUCUGGAGUCUAGUUUCUCAAGUAAUCUGUUAAUCUCACUUAACCUGUAUUCGUUAAAUCUGUACAAAUAUUCUCAAUCUAUUCUAAUAUGGAGUCUAAAGUCAGUUUGGAGUCAGAAGUAAUCUGUUAGGGCCGUUUGCACAGUCAAAGCUCAAACUCGAUUUAAUCAGCUGGUGUCUUAAACUCAAAAUGAAACACAUUAUAACAAUCUAGACUUCAUACGUAUUUAAUCCAGUUUAAAAUGAAAUUUAGUUUAAAGUGUCACUGCGCAAACGGCCCUAAAUCUCACUAAACCUGUUUUUGUUAAAUCUGUACAAAUAUUCCCAAUCUGUACAAAUAUGUAAUAGCUGUGCAAGGACCAUAUGCGCCAUCUAGGUUUACCAGAGGAUAUGGUCGCAUUUAUUGUAAUUUAUUAUUGUAUAUUGCAUUUAUUAUAAUAUAAUUGUAUUACAUUCCUGGUUUAAACAAACACCUAAUUUAUCUCCGUUUAAACCGAGAUGAUGCAUAUAGAUCUUGGUGAACCUGCAUUAUUAGUUACAUACUAAUUUUCUCAAUCUGUAUCAACCUGUCUGGUUAAUCCUGUAAUAUCAGUCUAAAGGUGCGUACAGAUAUACGGGCCGCGAACAUGAGCAAUUCACUUUUAAUCAGCUGACUAUAUCUGUAUUUUUACAGAAACGGUAAGAUACAGAUAUAAAAAGCUUGGCAUCAGCUGAUUAAGAGUGAAUUGCUCAUGUUCGCGGCGCGUAAAUCUGUACGCACCUUAAGGUUCUAUUUAUCUAGGUUUAGAUGAAGAUAUGGCUGUAUUCAUUGUAAUGUGUUACAUUAUUUCUAGUUUAAACUAUCAACUGAUUCAUCGCCGUUAAAACUGAGAUGCUGAAUAUGUUCCCAAGGAUCUUAUGGACCAUCUACUUUUAACACUAAUCUAGGUUCAAACCGAGAUUAUGCAUAUGGGCCUUGGUGAACCUGCAUUAUUAGUUACAUACUAAUUUUCUCAAUCUGUAUCAACCUGUCUGGUUAAUCCUGUAAUAUAGUCUAAGGUUUCAUUUAUCUAGGUGUAGAUGAAGAUAUGGCUAUAUUCAUUAUAAUGAAUCACAUUAUUUCUAGUUUUAACUAUCAACUGAUUCAUCGCCGUUAAAACUGAGA